AGUCCGCCACCGACAGUCGCGAGUAGUGCUUAUCGUGAUAUUUGUCAGAUUAUUUAUGACUGUGAGGUUAUGUCGUCUAUGUUUUUGUAUAAAUACUUGCAUAACAAACUUAUUAUUUUAAUUUAACAGUGCUUAUAUUGUGAGUUUUAUAAAAGUAAAAUAACCAAAAACAAUUGAACAUUAGGAACAUGGUGCAAAUUAAAUAGACAACAUUUAUUUUACACUAUUGGAGAUAGUGAUUUGUCCUGUAUAUAUAGGCCUAGCUUAUAUUUGUAUUUUAUAGGAAAUUUAAGGUUACAAAUGGGCGUUAAAAAAAUCCCGCCUUCUCUGUACAAACUGAGUUUACAUUCAGUAUCCAAAAUGUUAUUACUACAGUGGGAGCAUACUUAUAACAACAACUAUGCCCAGUAUUCCAAGGAAUUAAAGGAGAAAAUAGGAAUUAUUAUUCCUAGUACUAUUUAUGAACAAAUCUUUGAACAUAUGAUUGACUCUCAUGCUAGGGAAAUACAGAAUAAUGUGUUAACGGAUUGUAUUCCAAGCGUUACUUGUUUAAUUAACAGUAUUAUUAUACCAAAUCUACGGAAACUCAACUUAAACUGUCUUCGCCAUAUGGGAACUGUGAAAGAUGAAGAGAUCAGAUAUUUGGAAAAUAUAUUGUUAACUGAACUUCCAGCAUUGAAUAAUUUAGUGGAAAUUUCUCUUCAGACAAGUGGAACUGACUUUACACUUCCUACAUGUAGUGAUGAAAUCUUGGAGAAAAUUGGAAGUUCAUGUCCAAGACUUAGAACACUAGAUAUUUCAUAUAAUCAUACUGUGACAGAUAGAGGACUUGAGUAUCUGGUGCCAUCUUACGGCCAUGAAGGUUGCUCUGAAUUGAAAAAAUUAUCUUUGUUUGAAUGUUCUGUAACAGUAGAGGGUGUUGCCAUGUUACUUCAGGGAUUACCCCAUUUAAAAUUUCUUGGCUAUAGAGAAACAGGCCAAUCUCUUUUACUUCUUAACAGACAAGCUUCAUUAUCGAAUUCUAGUCUAACAUUAGAACUUGCUCAUUUAAAUAACUUGGGAAUUAUUAGUCGGACUUGUAAAGAUAUUCAUAAACUGAAAUGUGGUGAUAGAAUGGUAAAUGCUAUGCUUAAUCACUGUCCAAAAUUAAAUGGUCUAAAAAUUAGAGUGAAUGAUUCAGAGGUUAAAUUACUCUUAAAUAUAAAUACUGUCAGUAUACUCGAACUGGUUUAUAACUUAGGCUCGCCAAGUUCUCCUGGGAGCAACACUAUCCAAUAUUUACAAGUCUGUGGACCACAAUUUGUGUCUUUAUCUUUUGUUUGUGAUAUAUUUACUGUUCAAUUUCUGAAAGUGAUUAGUGAAAGUUGCAAUAAUUUAAAACGUCUGUGGAUUCGCUCCAAUAGAUUUAUCUGUGAUCAAGAUUUAUUCAACUGUGAUAGAGAAAAAUGUACUUUAACUAAUCUGGAAGUAUUCUUUAUGCGAAUUGGCCAUCUAGAAUUACAAACAUGCUGUAUCCCUCGUAAUGUACUAAGUUAUGUUUUGCACAAAUCAAAUGUUUUACAAGAAAUAGUGCUAGCAAUGAAGAAUACACUGUUUUGUGACUCUUAUGUGCAAGAACUAUUUGGAUCAAUUCAAACAUCAAGAUUAACACAUGCAAUGAUUCUUGUUCCUCAUAAAAAUGUGACAAUUUCCUCACUGAAUUUAUCAAUGGCAACGGUAGAGGCAUUGAUAGGUAUGUGUCCUAAUCUAGAACAACUAGGAAAUCUUCUAGUUUGGGACGUAAGCUUGGAAGAAGUUCAAGAACUCAGAAGACAACUAAAAUUGUCAAACAGUGCAUUAGUUUUACUGUACAAAAUUAUGUACUCAUAACUACACAGUAUGAAUGGAGACACUUGGCCCAGCUGGAGAGGGAGGGCAAGGAGAGGAGUUACAGAACAUUGGGGAUGGUUUUGCCUGAGUUUUACCAACUUGGAGUUGAAUGUGACAUACAUAUAAGUUACCUGUGAGAAUAGUCGCUUGGUAGGUGACUAUGGUGUAUUUCGACUGUAGUAAAUGAGUAGCUGAUAAAUUGCCGAUGAACAAGGCAAUAACUUUUAAGUGACUGUUAAGAAUAGUUAAGAGAAUCCAACAGCAAGGUUGAUUUUAAAAAUAAACCCCACAUAAACUAAAAAUCUAGACUAUGGUUAAAGUUAUAACAAAAAGACUUUAAUACUUUGUAAUGUUAGCUUUGUAAAUAUUUAUAGAAUUGUAACAUAUCCUAUAUGAAGUAAGUUUCAUUUUCAACCACCCCCUAUCAAACUUAAGUCUGCAAACUGUAAUGUUAGCUUUGUAAAUAUUUAUAGGAUUGUAACAUAUCCUAUAUGAAGUAAGUUUCAUUUUCAACCACCCCCUAUCAAACUUAAGUCUGCUUAUGUUUGAUCUAGUUUAAAAACAAUUAAUUAGACAACACUAAAUAAUAAGAUAUUUAGCCAUGUUAAUUGAUUCCGCACAAUCCCCAAAGACUAUCUACUGUAUAUUAAUUUUACAGUUUUUAUUUAGAGCAGCUCAAACCAAAUAAUCCAAUAGUGACAGCUGCGUUUAAGCCCCCCCCCCUACACCCUGCACCCGACAAUAUAGCCUGUUUACAUUUGUAUGAAAUAUUACUGAUCCAUCCCAACAUCAGGUAACAGCUGAUGAUCAGCAACGAUAUGGCAACACCAGCACACAUUUGAUCGGACAAUUUUGGUGCGGGCUGCUCUAGUAAUAUAAGACAUUAUAAAAUAAUAAUACACACUGGUUAGAAAAGUAAGAACUUUUAUUAUGAAAACAGAUUGUAAAUGUAUUUAGUUCAGAUAAAUAAUAACAUAUUUUUAGUACUGUUUUAACAUGAUUUGUACUGUUAGUGUAAGUAGCAUUUAAUUAAUAAAGUUUAUUUA